CGCCCGGGCUCUGGGAAAUAUAGGCAGCAUCCCUGCUGUCCCAGCGCUCACUCUCUCUUUCUGUCUCACUCUCUGCGCUGCCCGCCUGAAUACAGUCUACAGCCGUGAGUGCUACUGAGUUACCACGGACAGACAGAGAGCAGACUGGCUGGUUGAACCGGUGCGUUUCCGAUACAACACUGCAUCAUUGUGUCAGAGCAGAGGGAAGGCAGACUUUAGCACAGGUACAUACUGGUCUUCACAGAUAGAGGCAGAAAUGUUGUUUAAAUUUGCAAUAGUGCUGCUGGUUUUGUCACUUUUGGAGCAAGUGGUGGGAUUGGAUAAUAUCGAUGUUCAUGACAACCCGUCAGAGAAACCGGCAAGCCAGAAAGGACGGAUGUCUCUGCAGAACACAGCUGAGAUCCAGCACUGUCUGGUGAGUGCAGGAGAUGUGGGCUGCGGUGUGUUUGAGUGUUUUGAGAACAACUCCUGUGAGAUCAGAGGCCUGCAGGAGAUCUGUCUGACCUUCCUACACAACGCCGGAAAGUUCGACUCCCAGGGUAAGUCGUUCAUCAAGGAUGCUCUGAAGUGCAUGGCCCAUGGCUUGAGACACAAGUUCAGCUGCAUCAGCAGAAAGUGCUUGGCCAUUAAAGAGAUGGUGUUCCAGCUGCAGAGAGAGUGUUACCUCAGACACAACCUGUGUUCUGCAGCCAAGCAGAACGUUGCUGUCAUGGUGGAGAUGAUCCACUUCCAGGACCUCUUCCCUAAAGGGCCGUAUGUGGAGCUGGUCAACAUCCUACUGAGCUGUGGGGAGGAGGUGAAGGAGGCCUUAACCAGGAGCGUCCGGCUGCAGUGUGAGCAGAACUGGGGGGCUCUCUGUGACAGCCUGAGUGUCUGCUCUUCCCUCACCCCCCCUCCUGGUCAGGCCCCUGCCUCCCCCGACCACCGCCGCCACAGGUCCCCCCACUCCGAGCCAGACCACCCCAGACCCCCCCGACAGGGGGACAAGGACAAGCCCAGUAAAGGCGGCUUCAACGCCCACCCCCGCAGCCGCAGCCAGGGUCCCCGUCGACAGAGCCCCGAGGCUGGGGUGGCGGCGGAGCAGGAAGGCUCUGAGGCCACAGACAUCCGGAGGUGAAGAGACAUUGAACCCUAACUAUCCAGAGCCCUCCCUGACCGUGUCACCAUCAUAGCCCCCCCAACACACACACACAUAUACACACACACACAGACAUACACAUAGACAGAUACUGUACAUGCAAGAACACACACAUCUACACACAUACACAGACUCACUCUCUCUUUCUCUCGCUCUCUCCGUCCUCUAUCCCUCUCUCCGUCCUCUAUCCCUCUUUCCAUCCUCUAUUCUAUCCCUCUCUCCGUCCUCUAUCCCUCUUUCCAUCCUCUAUCCCUCUCUCCGUCCUCUAUCCCUCUCUCCGUCCUCUAUCCCUCUCUCCGUCCUCUAUCCCUCUCUCCGUCCUCUAUCCCAUUCUCCGUCCUCUAUCCCAUUCUCCGUCCUCUAUCCCUCUCUCCCCCUCUCUUCUCCAGUCAUUCCAGAAGUCCUAAAUGGUACAUCUGCAGGGUAACUUGGUGUAGCUCGUUCAGUUACUCCAGAUUGUAGUCCACGAUGUUGUUUCUGUUUAGUAUUAUUAUCCUGAUUUUUAUUUGAAGUGUUAGGACUUCUUGGGCUCUAAUAUAGCGUUUCUCAAAUCAUACUCACUGUAACAUCUGAUUAUAUUUGUAUUAUUUAUUUUAUUCUUUAUGCAAUGUUUAAAUAUCCAAAUGUACAUAGAAAUAUACAUAUCUAUAUUUAUACAGUAUGAACAUGUAUAAAUAUAGCCACCAUAUAAGAUUAUAGUACAUGGUGUGUUCUGUUGUAUACCACACCAGACUCCAUCACCACCCAUCUGUAGAUAUGCAACAUUCAGCAUUGUUGUUUCAAAGUGGGAAUGUGUUGUUAGUAUUAUAAUACUAGAUACUUGAUGAUUAAAUACAAACUGUACAGGUUUUGAAGCCCAGUUCUGGCACAUAUGGCUUGUAGUACAAGAGGUUGGGUUACCAUGGCAAAGUAAACAAACUGGUACAUUCUCCGAUGGCCAGCUUGCAUCGUUAGGAUUCCUACUAUUAGGGCACCCAGGACACAGUCUGUCUGUAGCAGCAUAUGCAUACAGUGUCUCAAAUAGCACCCUAUUCCCUACAGAGUGCACUGCUUUUGACCAGGGCCGCAUGGGCCAAUUGGGUUGCAGACAGUGCGUAGGUUUAGUUCUCUCAGAAAACCCUCCUCUGAUCUCAGCUAAUGUACUAAUGCAUCCAGGUGCCUCAACAUGCUGGUUCCAUCUGUAGUGACUCCUCUCUGUGAGGCUGAGGUUUACUAGAGUUCACUCGACUGGGGUGACAAUGUCGUACAGUAAGUAGCACUAGAACAAUUCAAAGGUGAUUUUCAAUUGAUUCGGUUUAAAGAUUAAUUAUUGAAACUUUUAUUGGACUCUUAGGUACAAACAUUUCUGUUGUUGUGGGAACAGACUCGCAGACAUUCAAACAGACAGUCCUAUAGGAACGCAGUAGACGGUCCUACAGACACGCUACAGACACGCUACAGACACGCUACAGACAGUCCUAUAGGAACGCAGUAGACGGUCCUACAGACACGCUACAGACAGUCCUACAGACACACUACAGACAGUCCUAUAGGAACGCAGUAGACGGUCCUACAGACACGCUACAGACAGUCCCACAGACACGCUACAGACAGUCCCACAGACACGCUACAGACAGUCCCACAGACAGGCUACAGACAGUCCUACCGACACGCUACACACAGCCCUACCAACACACUACAGACACCCUACAGACAGUCCUACAGACACGCAACAAACAGUCAUACAGACACACAACAGACACGCUACAGACAGUCCUACAGACAUUCAUACAAACAGUCCUACAGACACACAACAGACACGCUACAGACAGUCCUACAGACAUUCAUACAAACAGUCCUACGGACACACAACAGACAGUCCUACAGACACACAACAGACACGCUACAGAGAGUUCUACAGACAUGCUACAGACAGUCCUACAGACAUGCUACAGACACGUUACAGACAGUCCUACAGACAUGCUACAGACAGUCCUACAGACACGCUACAGACAGUCCUACAGACAUGCUACAGACAGUCCUACAGACAGUGCUACAGACAUGCUACAGACAUGCUACAGACAGUCCUACAGACACGCUACAGGCAGUCCUACAGAUAUGCUACAGACACGCUACAGACAGUCCUACAGACACGCUACAGACAGUGCUACAGACAUGCUACAGACAUGCUACAGACAGUCCUACAGACAGUCCUACAGACACGUUACAGACAGGCUACAGACAGUCCUACAGACAGUCCUACAGACAUGCUACAGACAUGCUACAGACAGUGCUAGAGACAGUCCUACAGACAUGCUACAGACAGUCCUACAGACACGCUACAGACAGUCCUACAGACAGGCUACAGACAGUCCUACAGACAGUCCUACAGACAGGCUACAGACAGUCCUACAGACAGGCUACAGACAGUCCUACAGACAGUCCUACAGACAGGCUACAGACAGUCCUACAGACAGUGCUACAGACAGUGCUACAGACACGCUACAGACAGUCCUACAGACAGUAGCACCCCAGUAACUGCAUCUCAGCAAGCAUCACUAGUGUGAUUGAUUGAUUGAUUAGUAUGAUUGAUUCGUGUGAUUGAUUGAUUAGUAUGAUUGAUUGAUUGAUUGAUUGACAGGUGUGGUUCUGAUGAUACCACUGAUUGCUGUACAGCUGAAGCCAUCUCCAGACUCACCACUCUAACUGAAGACAGUCUGUACACUAACGUGACACCACAAGACUAUGAAAGCCCACUGAGCUAAAGGCUUAGGCAUUACCCCAGGGAGAUAACACAAAUAUUGUGCUUUCUGCCAUCGAAGCGUUGUAUGCAAUCAAGUAACUGGAAGCAGCCAAUCAACAGUGUAUUCCUGUAUAAUCCCCAGGUCAGACCAGGGGAGGUAGAGGAGGAGGAGGUGGUAUGAACACGUUCUGUUCUUGCCCCCUCUCUCUCUUCCUUUCCAGAGUCCUAUGCUAAAAUGGCACCCUAUUCCCUACAUAGUGCACUACUAUGGGCCCUGGUCAAUAGUAGUGCUAUGAGCACUGGUCAAAAGUAGUGCACCAUAUAGGGAAUAGGGUGCCAUUGGGACGCAUCCCCAGCAAGUCCACACUUUGGGGCUCAGUCCGCUGUUAUUCUAAAUUGUAUAUUUACCAAGGCCACCAGAGAAUUCCUCUGAGCUACAGCCAAGAGCUGGCCGGCCGCACGGGGAGAGAGAGAUGAAGGGGGAAAGAAGGAUGAGAACUACACUCAACGGUUCCUGAGGAGACACAAUUUCUACAUUUCUCUCCUCCACGUCCUCCCUGUUCCUUCUUCCACCUCUUCUUGUAGUUCUGAGGUGUCUGUUGGCCAGUCAUGCUAUCCUGACCCUCUGUUUCUAUUCAGAUGAUGUGACAACCUAUUGCAGUUUAUUGACUUAUCUUUGGGCACCAGGUGUGUAACUGUAACUGACCAUCUGUUCCAUACUCUGUCACUAUCUUCUCCGUUUCCUGUUCCAGGAGAAAUAGACUGACAGUGCUUCCUACUUCUUGUUUCUCAGUGUUCCAUACAGCACAUCACUUCCUCUACACCCCCAGUUGGGCAUCAGAAUGACCUUGCAGAAUGUAGUCUGGUAUGGUUUUACUUCACGUGUCUGAUAAUGUGUAUACAAACAGUACUAUGAAACUCUGAAAUCAAAAUCAACAGAAAUGUAUCUUGUUAUCAUUAAAAGUGACUUUUUUUGUGGA